AUGCUUCAAAUCAUUAAAUACCUCCUAAUAACUUAAACGACGUACUUAACAUAUGCAGAACUGAUUUACCCUUUGAUGAAUUAAGAAAAUACCGCAUAAUGGGAAGACAACAUUUGGAUGAAUUGUGAAACCAAAACCUAAAUUUUACCUACAAAGUGUUCUGAAGGAGAAUUGGAUUGGGGAGAAUGCUAUAAAAUUCCAAGUGAGGGUCUUUGCACAAUUAAUGACAUUAAAACAACAUCUCAAGGAGAAUUGUACUUUGUUGUUGAUUUCCUGAGAGACAAGGAAGAUGAUAUAUUACGAUCUUAUGAUAUUGAAAUAAAUAGGAAUAGAUAUCAAUGGAUUGAAUUAACAGUUAACAGUUUAAGGUUGGACUCAAACUCAAUUAGCAUAAAGAUAUUAACUCCAGGUUUAGUGAUAGCAGGUUUAACAAUAAGGAAUACACCUACACCAUUUUCUAGUAAUUCUAUUUGUGAAGACAAUUUUUUUUAUUUCAAUUACAACUGCAUACCUCAGAUCUGCUCAGAUUCAAUCUCUACAAUCACUUCUAGCGCUCACAAUUAUUCAUUAAGUUUAAUUGAACAAAAUACGAAUAAUUUAAAAAUAACAUCCUAAUUUAACAUACAUUUAAAUAACUGCUUGGUUCCUAAGGUUUAUUUAACUAAAUCUAUUGAAGAUGACACAAUAACAAAGAUUUUAACAGAUGAUUAAGUUAAAGUAGAUGAAACUGAUAAAAGUGUUCUAUUAUAUUAUUUGACUCCAAGCCAAUACUAGUCCUGCGAAAACUUUGAAACCUAAGAGGCCAUUGUUUAUUAAUGCUAUAUAGGAGUAGCCAUUUCAGUCAAUAAAGCAACUUAAUACUUACUGAUGUUGAUUUCUCAGAUAAUGGUUGAAAAAUCUACAGGGGCAUAUACAAAUUCUAUUUAGAUUUUUGAGAUACCAACUUCAAAUUCAGAAUCCUCUACAAUUGGACCCAUUAUUAUAUUCAGCGAUGCUUCAAAUUCCCUCAUUGAUACAAGCAAUAUGCUCAUCUAAACUACUUAGACUAUUGUAGAUCCAAAUUAUCAACAUUAUUAAAUAAAUUUCUUAAAUGCAACAAUGACUUAAGAUUCAAAUACUAUUGAUUUGAAAUUAGAAGAACAACAAUAAAUCGGAUUAAAAAAAGAGUUUACUCUAUCAUAUGAUAGCAACGAGUUUGAUAAAUAAUAAAAUUAUUCAAUCUCUAUAAGUUCCUCUUUGACGUUGAAUUCUACCAGAAGAUUGUUAGGACAGAGAAAUAUUAUUCCACAACUACAAAUAUACAAUAGUUUUGAUGGAAAUAAAGUAGAAUAUUAAGAGGUCAAUAUUUAUUUAAAUCAACAGACUACUCUUAAAGGAGGAUAUAUGGCUUUGAUUAUUAUUGCUGUUACAGUGUGUUCAUUGCUUUUCAUAAUGGUCACAAUCGUACUAGUAGAAAAAGUUGAAAACAAAUACUUCAAAAUAAAGUAAAAUGAAGAUAAAAGAACUCCAACAGAUAUACAAUCCAAUUGA